AUGGCCAAACCUGCUGCAUCUGCAAAGGGCAAAAAAUCAAACGAGGAAGUGUUCGCUGGGUUUCAAACUCUACGGAGUGAACAGAGACAACUAGCAAAUAAGAUUUCAGAGUUGGAAAUGGAUCUAAAUGAACACAAAAUAGUCAUAGAAACUCUUCGGGGUGUGGACAAGAGUCGUAAGUGCUUCCGAAUGGUUGGUGGUGUUCUAGUAGAGCGCACAGUAGCUGAAGUACUUCCUGAAUUAGAAAACAACUGUGAACAAUUGCCUAAAGCACUUAAUGCAUUGGAAGAUCAACUUACGAAGAAAGGUCGAGAAAUUAAUGAGUACAUCGAGGUUCAUGAUAUUCGCUUACAGCGGGUCGACCGUGAUCCAACGGAAGCUGAGCCUGAGCAGCCUUCGAAGUCAAAUGUUCUGGUUGCAAGUGGUUGA